AUGAGACUAAACGUAUCAAGGCUUUGCGCAACUGCCCGAAGCAAUCGCCUGUACAUGGAUGCGCGUCGAGUGCCAAACAGCAUCAAUAUUGUUCGACAUGCGUCUCAGUUGGGACCUACCAGCAACUUUCCAGGUCAAGGGCAGGAUGAAGACGAUGCAGAGCACAAGGGGAACCAGAAGCAGUCCGGAGGGCAGCAUCAGUCGCCUUUUGGCCAAACUGCCGCCAAAGUAUUCGAGUCCGCCGCCACCACGUUUGCUUCCAUUGCCAUCCUUGGUCUCGCAGGCUAUUCUUACCACAUCUAUUACAAGUCUCUCGUUUUGCGCAAAAUGGAAGAGGCCUUCACCCCGGGUGACCCCAUGCUGGACCUUGCUACGCCGGUUGUAGCUCGUGCAGUUUCUCCGGACCAGUCCGAAGAAGAUUCUGAUCACUGGGUUGACAGGCCUGAGCAGACGAGGAUCGAUAGCAUCAUCAAUGGCGAGUCGAAGGGUCGAUACUACCUGUUGGUGGGUGAAAAGGGCACGGGAAAGUCGUCAAUGAUUCUUGAAGCCAUGCGGAAGACGAAUGGUGAUGGCGUCUCCAUGUUUGAAGCGCACGCGGACCCAGAAAUCUUUCGCAUUCGGCUGGGCAAGGCCCUCAACUACGAUUUCCACGAAGACUACAUCGGAUCUCUAUUUUCCAUCCGAGGUCCCCGUGACACCACGGCCAUCCUGGACAUUGAGCGAGCAUUCAACAAGCUUGAAAAGAUCGCUUUGUGUCACCGAGAUGGGUCUCGCCUGAAAUCUAGUCGCAGGGGCCCGCUCGUGCUCGUGGUCAACUGCGCUCACCUUAUAAGAAACGACGAAGAUGGCAAUGAUUUGAUAGAGCUCAUGCAACAGCGGGCUGAGCAAUGGGCGGCAGCGAAUCUCGUAACCAUGGUGUUCAAUUCCGAUGAUUAUUGGGUUUAUGAACGAUUGAAGCGCUUCGCGACAAGGAUGGAGGUUAUCCAGAUCUUCGAUUUGCCCAAGGGUCACGCCAUUGCCGCAUUGGAUGCGUAUCGAGCGAAAUACUUUCCUGAGCAGGAGCGUGAUCCCGAGAUUCUCAAACAAGUCUAUGAAUUGGUCGGUGGACGCUUGAAUUUCCUCAGCCGGGUUGCCAAAUCCUCGGACAUGCUCAACAUGUGUCACCAGAUUAACCAGGCCGAAAAGACGUGGUUCCUCAACCAGUGUGGCAUUUUGGGAGAAGACAUGGAUGACGACGUGAUGGACCAGCAAAAAUACGCUAGUGCCGCCAUGGUCCUUGCAAGGGCCCUCGUCGAGAAACAGGAGAAGAUGGACUCGAGUUACCACGACGACACCGGCCAUAUCCUGCCACAGAUCCCCCUCUACAUUGCUCGACAGAUUAUGACCAGGGCUGAUUUCAUUCAAAGCUACGACCACGACAACAUCUUCACCAUUGACAGCACCGCUAUGGUCCGCGCGGAUAGUGUCCCGAUGAUGAACGCGUUCAAAGAAAUUUGCGCCGAAGAAGGAUUUGAUGAAUACCUCGAAGCCACACUCGAUCGCAUUUCAGCCAUUGAGAGCAUCAACAGAACAAAGGAGCUUUCAUUCAAAGAUCUAUGGAUCGAACAGAAAGGGGAGCAAAGAGGCAAAUACGUAUUUGUCAAUUUCGAUAGCAAAGGUCGUGAGAUUGGUACGACUGAAAUGCGGGUUCAGCCUGAUAAAACGCCGGAAGAAGAUGAUUAA